GUUUUCGAACGCUUCUUUUCUGAAUGGUUAUGUCACAGGAUUAAUUUUUGUUAUGAAUUGAUUUGAGGUAUCGUGCAACAAGAGAUACCUCGAGUCAAAAUGUCUACGUUGAUGAAACUCGGUGUUGUUAAGGUUCUUACGAACCAGGGUCAGGGAUGUAAAAUAGCGGCAUGCACGUUCGUGCAGAACCGUAACAUCGCUGGGAAGUCUCUUCGGAGCUCCUUGCCUACACCUCCGCCGAAGCCAGCUCCCUUCGACUAUGUAAAUAAAGACUACACUUGGCUAAGGAGCCUCUUCGACCGCACCACUCAUAGGUUCGAUGAAAACUCGAAAGUCGUGGUCGUCGAAGGCCCUGUGGCUGUCGGCAAGACCAAGUUCGCUGCCAUGCUUGCCGAGGACCUCGGUAUGAAGCACUUUCCUGAAGCAAACAUGGACAUCCACUACAUCAGGCCGAAUGGGUGCGACCUUCGCAUGUUCGACGAUCAGAUUCCCGAGGACACGAGGACCUUUGAUCAUGUGAACUUCAACCUGUGUCCAAACCAUCGCCUGGCUGGUAACUAUCAGAUUAUGAUGUACAUUGCAAGGUACAGUCAGUAUAUUGAUGCUCUGGCCCAUUUGUUGAACACUGGUCAAGGAGUGGUGUUGGAAAGGUCUCCUUACUCUGAUUUCGUGUUUCUGGAGGCUAUGUACAAGCAGAAGUACAUCAGCAGGGCAGUGCGUCAAGUGUACUAUGAGCUGAGGGCCGAGAGUCUGGAAGAACUGAUGCGCCCACAUCUUGUCAUCUAUUUGGAUCUGCCUGUACCCAAGGUGCAAGAAGCCAUUAAGAGCCGCAAGUUGGACCAUGAAGUGAAUGGCCGCGCGCUGACGACUCAGUUCCUCACGGAGAUUGAGACACAGUACAAGAACAAGUAUCUCCGUGACAUUUCCACGCACGCUGAGCUUCUGGUGUACGACUGGACUGGUGGUGGCGAGGCCGAAGUGGUCGUUGAAGAUAUCGAGCGUCUCAACUUUGACCAGUACACGGAGCGAGAGGAGCCUAAAAUGAAGGACUGGCGCCUCCCCCGUGAAGUAGACUGGGCAGACCAGCGGAUGCUGUAUACCAACCAGAAGUUCUUCCUGAUGAACUUAUUCGGUAUACCUAAGCUGGAUGUGCCCGAACUUCUGACGAGCGCUGAUGAUGCUUACGAAAGGAUAAAGGUCAUCGAAAGUCAUCCCAAAUUCGCCUACAUGGAGGGCUACAACGAGGGCGGCACCCUGUUCAAAACCAAGAUGUCGAAGUACACAGAAUAUAUUUAAUUAACAUCAGCCUCUGUAGAUUGUUUAUUAUAUUAAAAUAAAUUUAUUUAAA